AUGCAGAUCAAGAUGCAGCUCCUCUCUCUGGUACUGAUCCCGCUCAUCGUUGAUGCAGCUGCCAUUCCAAAGCCUGUGGAAAGUCGCGCUCUCCAAGGAAGCAAUGCCGAGGCCAAGCGAGAUGAGGCAUACGACUAUCCCCGAGACAGCGGCUACUCGUUCAUCACCAAGCCGGAAGAGGAGACCGAGCAGAAGGUCAAGGCCAAGCGAGAUGAGGCAUACGACUACCCUCGAGACAGCGGCUACUCGUUCAUCACCAAGCCGGAAGAGGAGACCGAGCAGAAGGUCAAGGCCAAGCGAGAUGAGGCAUACGACUACCCUCGAGACAGCGGCUACUCGUUCAUCACCAAGCCGGAAGAGGAGACUAAGGACAAGGCCAAGGCCAAGCGAGAUGAGGCAUACGACUACCCUCGAGACAGCGGAUACUCGUUCAUCACCAAGCCGGAAGAGGAGACCGAGCAGAAGGUCAAGGCCAAGCGAGAUGAGGCAUACGACUACCCUCGAGACAGCGGCUACUCGUUCAUCACCAAGCCGGAAGAGGAGACCGAGCAGAAGGCCAAGGCCAAGCGGGAUGAGGCCUACGACUACCCCCGAGACAGCGGCUACUCUUUCAUCACCAAGCCGGAAGAGGAGACUGAACAGAAAGCCAAGCGAGACGAGGCAUACGACUACCCUCGCGACAGCGGCUACUCCUUCAUCACCAAGCCGGAAGAGGAAGCCCAGCAGUAA